UGGGUGGGGAGGAGGACCAGAGCCACCCGUGGCGGUGGCCGGAGCUGCGUGGCCAUGCUGGCGUGGGUGACCCCGGUCCUGCUCUUCGCGGCCGUAGCCCUGCUCCUCAGCGGGCUCCGGCAUGCCGUGGCGGCCGGGCGCCGGGUCCACGGCGCGUGGUGCCAGCUGCGCCGCUUCCCGCGUCCGCCCUGGCGCAACUGGCUGCUGGGCCACACGGGCAUGGCGAGGAGCACGGAGGAAGACCUGCAGAAAGUGGACAACUUGGUGGGGCAAUACCACCACUGCUGCCUCUGGUGGACCACACCGUGGCUGCCCGUCCUCCGCCUCUUCCAUCCCAGCACCCUCCGGCCUGUGCUCCUGGCCUCAGCCUUCGUCGCCCCCAAGGAUGAGCUCUUCUACGGCUUCCUCAAGCCCUGGCUGGGGGACGGGCUGCUGCUGAGCCACGGACGCAAGUGGGCCCGGCACCGGCGCCUGCUGACGCCGGCUUUUCACCCCGACAUCCUCAAGUCCUACAUGGGCAUCUUCAACCGGAGCGCGGAGAUCAUGCACGCCAAGUGGCGGCGGGAGGCGGCAGGAGCGCCGGUGGUGCUGGACAUCUUCCAGUCCUUGGCCCUGCUCACCCUGGACACCCUCCAGAAAUGCAUCUUCAGCCACGACAGCCACUGCCAGGAGCAGCCCAGCAAGUACAUCGCAGCCAUCCUGGAGCUGAGCGCCUUGGUGGUGCGGCGCCAGCACCGGCUGCUCCACCACCUCGACUGGCUCUACCGCCUCUCGGCCGACGGCCGACGCUUCACCCGGGCUUGCACCACCGUGCACGGCUUCACCGCCGCCGUGGUGCAGCGCCGGCGCCAGGAGCUCGAGCGCCUGGGCCACCAGGCCUGGCUGGAGGGCCGCCAGGGCCGGAGCAUGGACUUCAUCGACCUCCUGCUGCUCGCCAAGGACGAGGACGGCAGGGACCUGUCGGAUGAGGACAUCUCGGCUGAGGCUGACACGUUCAUGUUCGAGGGCCACGACACCACGGCCAGCGGCUUGGCGUGGCUGCUCUACAACCUGGCCUGCCACCCCAACCACCAGGAACGGUGCCGCCAGGAGGUCCGGGAGCUCCUCAAGGACAGAGAGGUGGAGGAGAUCGAAUGGGAGGACCUGUCCCACCUGCCCUUCACCACCAUGUGCAUCAACGAGAGCCUCCGGCUGCACCCGCCGGUCACCGCCGUGUCGCGGCGCUGCACCAAGGACAUCGCACUGCACGACGGCCACGUCAUCCCCAGCGGAACCACCUGCCUGCUGAGCAUCUAUGGGACACACCACAACCCGUCCAUCUGGCCCGAGCCCCAGGUCUUCGACCCACUGCGAUUCAGCCCAGAGAACACGCAGGGACGGACCCCGCUGGCCUUUGUCCCCUUCUCUGCUGGGCCCAGGAACUGCAUCGGGCGGAGCUUCGCCAUGGCCGAGAUGAAGGUGGUGACGGCGCUGACGCUGCGGCGCUUCGCCCUGCGCCCGGUCGAGGGCCGCCCGGUGCGCCGCAAGCCCGAGCUCGUCCUCCGCCCCGAGAGCGGCCUCCGCCUGCUGCUGGAGCCGCUGGCCGAGGCGCCGUGGCCACGGCGCGGGGGCCACGGCGGUGCCAUGGUGGGCACGGGUGAAUAAAAAGGUUGGCGUGGUGGCA